GGUAUAAUCUAUGACGUUUGGGAUACAAACAAUACAAAAUCAUUUGCGAUAACCCUUCAAAAGUAUCUGAUGAAAAAAGGAUAUAAAACAUCGAUUACAACAAGUCUCAGCAAGGAGAAAAACUGCCCUAUCAUUGCACUAUGUUUAAUGCACUCUCGGCCUGAAGCUGAUAUAAACUACACAUUGAAAGACUUAAAAAGUGAGCGUGAUAGAGGUAUAAUCCUUGUUUUGCUGCAUUUUCGGAGUAACGACACGAGGACUAGUCUAUAUGACGGGUUAUAUAAAAAAGAUUAUUCAGAUGUAACUGUUCAUGAUUGUUUUCUCCAGCAAAGUUUUGAAAACAUGAAAGACGUGAAUAAGAAAAUAAAGAAAGAUUUAAAAGAAAGGCGUGGGAGACCGCAAGAAAAAUACAUGCAUAAACCUUCAUAAUCAACAGCGAUGUAGUAUUUGACUUGAGUGGGAUAUGAAUUAGAUAUGUUUUUUGUUUUAUUUUUUUUUGUGGGUUUUUUGUGCGUGUGGGGGCGGGGGUGUUGUUGAUUUUUUCGUUAUUUGUUUCUUUGUAUCAAAAAACAAUUUUAUCAAUCAAAUGUUGUUUUUUAACAGAAGCUCUUUUGUUAAAUUAUAUAGAAAUACGUUCUCUAUCACAUGAUUAUUUGAUAUAGAUAUCUCAUAACUGAAUACGGAAUCCUACGCUCCCUUCGCAGCUUAAUGAAUACACUCCCGUUACUUCAGACGAAAGAAGUGAGCGAUAGUGGAACAUUCGACCGAUGCGCAGGAGAGUAACGGAAUCCAUGGUUGCAAUUGUUUUGGAUUAAAUUUGUAUGGUAGAGCUUCUUCAAAAUAAAAAACUGAUUUAGUUUUAGUUUCUUUAUCUCAUCAAAGUUAUAUCUUUAUAUCA